AUGGAACCAGAGGUGAUUAGAGACAAAGAAGCGAUGAGAAGAUGGUCGAGAGGCAUGAGAUCGCAAGGGAAGAAGAUUGGUUUAGUGCCCACGAUGGGUUUCCUCCACGACGGUCACUUAUCUCUCGUCCGUCAAUCCCUCGCCCUCUCUGACGUCACCGUCGUCUCAAUCUACGUCAACCCGGGGCAGUUCUCUCCCACCGAAGAUCUCUCUACUUACCCAUCCGAUUUCUCCGGCGAUCUCGCCAAGCUCGCCGCCCUUUCCACCUCCGCCUCCGAUGUCAUAGUCUUCUCUCCCACCGAAGAUCUCUCUACUUACCCAUCCGAUUUCUCCGGCGAUCUCGCCAAGCUCGCCGCCCUUUCCACCUCCGCCUCCGAUGUCAUAGUCGUAUUCAACCCGAGAAACCUCUACGAUUACGACGGGGACGACGGCGGAGGGAGGAAGAAGACAAACGGAGGCGGCGGCGGAGAGAGGGUGGUGAGUUGUGUGGAGGAAGGUGGUGGGUUAGGGCACGAGACGUGGGUUAGAGUUGAGAGGUUGGAGAAAGGUUUGUGUGGGAAGAGCAGGCCUGUGUUCUUUAGAGGCGUCGCUACUAUUGUCACUAAGCUUUUCAAUAUUGUGGAGCCUGAUGUUGCCAUGUUUGGGAAAAAAGAUUAUCAGCAAUGGCGGAUUAUCCAGAGAAUGGUUCGUGAUCUUGAUUUUGGGAUAGAGAUAGUAGGAUCAGAUAUAGCUAGAGAAAAAGAUGGACUUGCGAUGAGCUCUAGGAAUGUUCACCUUUCAGCUGAAGAAAGACAAAAGGCGUUGUCUAUAAGUAGGUCACUGGCCAUGGCUAAAGCUUCUGCAGAAGCAGGGCAAACCAGUUGUACAGAGCUUAAGGAUAUGAUCAUUCAAGAAAUUGUUGGAGCUGCAGGAAAAAUCGAUUAUGUCGAGAUUGUUGACCAAAAGACUCUGGAAGGAGUGGAAGAGAUAAAGAGUGGAGUAGUGAUUUGCGUUGCUGCCUGGUUUGGAACGGUCAGGCUCAUAGACAACAUUGAGAUCAGUGUCGCUGUCUAG